GGCCUAGAGUCACUCCAAAGGUUCAUACAACAAAAAACAGUAGUUUUGCAUGCAAAUCAGUGAGAAAUCUUCAUAGCUGCAGGUUUAACAACAUCAAGGAGGCUGCACAUUGGAAAAGAAGCCAGUGUAUAUUCACCUUAGCUGGUACCCAAAAAGGUAGGAGGAAAAAUUGCACUGUAGCUUAUUCCACUGCAACACAAACCCUUCCAGUUCCAGCUGAAGAGUCCAAGAUGGUGGGGCCCAAAGAGAUCUUUUUGAAGGAUUAUAAGAAGCCUGAUUACUUCUUUGAUACGGUUGAUUUGAAGUUUUCAUUAGGCGAGGAGAAGACGAUUGUGACCUCAAAAAUAUCCGUUUUGCACAGACUUGAAGGUGUCUCCUGUCCGUUGGUUUUGGAUGGCCAAGAUCUUAAGCUGUUAUCCAUCAAAAUUGAUGGCAAAGAGUUGAAGGAGGACGAGUACUGCUUAGAUUCACGCCAUCUAACGGUUAUUUCACCUCCAAAGUCUACUUUCUCUCUGGAAUUUGUGACAGAGAUACAUCCUCAAAAUAACACUUCCUUGGAGGGAUUAUACAAAUCUUCUGGAAAUUUCUGUACACAAUGUGAAGCAGAGGGCUUCCGAAAGAUUACAUUCUACCAGGACCGUCCAGAUAUCAUGGCAAAAUACACUUGCUGGAUUGAGGCUGAUAAAUCUUUAUAUCCAGUUUUACUAUCUAAUGGUAAUUUGAUAGACCAUGGAGACCUUGAGGGUGGCAAACACUAUGCUGUUUGGGAGGAUCCUUUCAAAAAACCUAGUUACUUGUUCGCGUUGGUUGCUGGACAACUAGAAAGCAGAGAUGAUACUUUUGUCACAUGUAGUGACCGCAAAGUGUCUCUUAGGAUUUGGACCCGUGCAGAAGAUGUACCAAAAACUGCACAUGCAAUGUAUGCUCUGAAGGCAGCCAUGAAAUGGGAUGAGGAAGUUUUUGGUUUGGAGUAUGACCUGGACCUCUUCAAUAUUGUGGCCGUUCCAGAUUUUAACAUGGGUGCUAUGGAAAACAAAAGCCUGAAUAUAUUCAACUCCAAACUUGUUUUGGCAUCUCCACAGACAGCGACUGAUGCUGAUUAUGCUGCUAUAUUGGGUGUGAUUGGUCAUGAGUAUUUCCACAAUUGGACAGGAAACAGGGUAACUUGCCGUGACUGGUUCCAGCUUAGCUUGAAGGAAGGUCUUACUGUCUUCAGAGAUCAGGAAUUUUCUUCUGAUAUGGGAAGCCGUACAGUGAAGAGAAUUUCAGAUGUUUCAAAGCUUCGCAUUUAUCAGUAUCCACAGGAUGCUGGACCUAUGGCCCAUCCUGUACGACCACACUCAUAUAUCAAGAUGGACAACUUUUAUACUGGUGGGUUGCACUUGUGGUUAUUUUCUUCAAUCAUGGGCUUGUUUAUGGAUGAUUACUAACUAUGUCAUAUUAACUGUCAGGGUGCUGAAGUUGUCAGGAUGUACAAAACCUUGCUUGGAAGCGCAGGGUUCCGCAAGGGUAUGGAUCUCUACUUCAAAAGACACGAUGGGCAAGCUGUAACUUGUGAAGAUUUCUUUGCUGCUAUGAGAGAUGCAAAUGAUGCAGAUUUGGCAAAUUUUCUUUUAUGGUACUCUCAGGCUGGUACACCUCUCGUAAAGGUGUCAUCAUCAUAUAACUCAGAAACUCAUUCUUUUACCCUGAAAUUUAGUCAAGAAGUGCCUGCAACUCCAGGACAGCCUACUAAAGAGCCUAUGUUCAUCCCAGUUGCCCUUGGUCUGUUGGAUUCUACUGGAAAGGAUCUACCACUUACCACUUUAUAUCAUGAAGGAAUGCUGAGGCCUGUUGCAGAUAAAGGCCCUGUGUUCACCACAGUGCUUCAUGUAACUAAGAAAGAAGAAGAAUUUGUUUUUGUUGAUAUACCUGAGAGGCCGAUUCCUUCCCUCUUGCGUGGCUUCAGUGCUCCUGUUCGUCUCGAUUCUGAUCUUACUGAUGCAGACUUAUCUUUCCUUCUUGCUCAUGAUUCUGAUGAGUUCAAUCGGUGGGAAGCAGGUCAAACAUUGGCAAGGAAAUUAAUGCUGACUAUGGUCUCAGACUUUCAGCAGAACAAACCACUGAAACUAAAUUCCAAAUUUGUAGAUGGAAUAAGGAGCAUCCUUUCUGACUCAAGUUUGGAUAAGGAAUUUAUAACAAGGGCAAUUUCUUUGCCUGGUGAGGGGGAAAUCAUGGACCUGAUGGAAGUUGCUGAUCCAGAUGCUGUUCAUGCUGUUCGACGUUUUAUUAUAAAACAACUAGCUUCUGAACUGAGAGGAGAACUCAUAAGCAAGGUCAAAGAGAACACAAGCCGAGAACUUUAUGUGUUCAACCAUAAGAAUAUGGCAAGACGUGCCUUGAAGAAUACAGCACUGGUGUAUCUUGCUUCUCUGAACGAUCUGGAGCUUACAGAAUUGGCUCGGCAGGAAUACAAAAAUGCAACUAACAUGACUGAGCAGUUUGCAGCUCUAGCAGCAUUAGCACAAAACCCUGGUGACGUUCGUGAUGAGGUUUUGUCAGACUUCUAUAAGAAGUGGGAACAUGAUUUUUUGGUUGUGAAUAAAUGGCUUGCUCUCCAAGCUGUCUCUGACAUCCCUGGGAAUGUGAAGAAUGUGCAGAAGUUGUUGGACCACCCAGCCUUCGAUCUUCGUAAUCCCAACAAGGUCUAUUCUCUCAUUGGUGGAUUCUGUGGGUCGCCUGUGAACUUCCAUGCAAAGGAUGGUUCUGGUUAUGAGUUCUUGGGAGAUAUUGUCACACAACUUGACAAACUAAAUCCUCAGGUUGCCUCACGCAUGGUAUCUGCAUUCUCAAGAUGGAAGCGUUAUGACAAGGAUCGACAGACACUUGCGAAGGCUCAAUUAGAGAAAAUUGUCUGUGCCAAUGGGCUGUCAGAGAACGUCUAUGAGAUUGCUUCUAAAAGCCUUGCAGCAUAGGAGUGCAUACGAAACCCUAUUUACGAUAUUAAUAAUGAAUGGUGGUGAUCAAUAAUAGCACUAGUAGCAUCAUGGACCAGCUUGUCUACAAAAUUGAACUGCCUUAAAUAAUGAGAAUAAAUAAACUUUUUGUGUUUUUUUAAGUGGUUUUAGGAUGCCUGCUUGUGCCUUUCUUUUCCUUUUUUAGUAGAAAAGAAAACCCAAAUCAAUUUUGGCUGUACAAGAUUUAUGUACUUGGGACCUGCAGGAGAAAAUAUGAACUCUUGGUCCGUAAUUCAUGAGGAAGAUCAUCCUCAAGUUUAAACGGGGUCAAUACCAACUCGUACUUCUUGAGUA